AACGUGUUAUUAGCAUCUCUUAUUUAGUCAAUAGGGUCUACAGACUAAAUUUUCGGUUUUGGAAUAAGUUUUCUAAUCCCAAUUUUCCGUUUUUCCUUUUUUUCAAAAUUUCUUUUAACGAAAUUGGAAUUAGUCCUUACUUUCAAAUAAUGAGUUUUUUUUUUUAAAUAACAAUUCCGAUUUGAUCAGCUCGAUUUUCACACCUUGAUUUUUUUUUUUUUGAUAAUUAAUUUCACACCUUGAUUUGAUUUCUCAUUUUGAAACUAUUUUCCCACAGUUGCAUGCCAAACGGGGCCUUAUGCACAAAAAAGCCCUAAUUGCCAAAACCCUCCCUUCAAAUUCAAAAAUCAAAACCCCCAAAUUGUGUACAGUAAAAAAACAACUAAUCAACUAGCAUUAAUUCGUACCAGUAAUGGCGAAUUCCGCACCGUCUACACUUCUAGACGAGGCCCUCUACAGCAAAGGUGGCGCUUUUUUCUCCACCUCUCCUCGCGGCGGCGGCGGCGGCGGAAGGAUGAUCCUGGUGGAGGACUGCGUGGAGACCAGCGGAGCGUUUGUGCUGCACCACUUACUGAAGCGCUCCCUCUCCCCUUCCUCCUCAGACGUCGUCGUUUUCCUUUCAUUAGCCCAACACUUCUCUCACUACGAACGCAUCCUCCGCAAAAUGGGUUGCGCGCAACGUGAUUUGAAGAGAUUGGUCUUCAUCGACAUCCUUAAUUUGGAGGGUCUUGAUAGAGACCAACGAGGAAUUAGCGAGGAGAUACUUACUGCAUUAUACGGAAAAGUUCAGAAACAAGUCGAACUAAAUUAUCAAUCCCGUGAAGGAAAUCAUGUUACUCUAAUAAUCGAUGAUGUAUCUCUAAUGGAAGUUGAUGCUAACGGCUCUUCGAAUCUUGUCCUGCACUUUCUGCAUUACUGUUGUACUUUAACAGCUCAAUUCGGGUGUUCGGUUAUUGCUCUGAACCAUUACGAUGUGUAUUCGAACGUGGAUCAGCUUAACCUGCUUAUAGAAUUGGAAUAUCUGGCAGAUGUACGGAUAAAGGUGGAGCCUUUAGCUACUGGAUUAGCAAAUGAUGUCCAUGGACAGUUGACUGUUUCGAACAAAGGAGGACUUGUUGAAGAUGGAUGCGGAAAGGUUCAUAAUUUCCAAUUCAGGAUCAAGGAUAGCGGUGUUGAGUAUUUCUAUCCUGGAAGCAAAUCUUGAAUUCAUUAGUUAUUUAGUUUCAUUUAACUAAAUCAGAAGAUUAAAUGACGGAAUCACGAAGGGUUUUUUUGAAGUGCGAGUAGAAUCAAGUUUAUCUAUCAGAAACAUUGAAGCCGAUUCGACUUUUCUCGUGACGUGUACGAGCUAGGAAAUGAACCUCAUCUAGCAAUGUCAAUGUGCCCUUUGUGUUUCUUGUUUUUUCUUCUACAUUUUAGGCAAUCGGUGUUUUCCUUCUAUACGGUGUGCAGCAGCUCAAUAGAAGCCUUGUUUUUUUUCGGUUUUAUCUAUUGUUUUACUUGUGAAA